AUGCGCUGUCUCUUCCUCCUCUUCGCCCUCGCGUCUACCUCCGCCCUCGACUGGCAGAGCACACACCCGCUUCGCCAGGCGAUCCGGCUCGUCGACCCUGCUCGAGCGCGCCUCCUCCAGUCUGCGCAGCACGGCCGGUGGCCGCGGAGGUCCAAGCCGCCGCGGAGGUCCGCCGACGAAGUUUCCCGCCGCUCUGAACUCGCCGCCCUCGUCCUCGCCUGCACCUGCACUCCGCGGCUCGCGUCGGCGCUUCAGAUCCCGGUCAUCUUAGCGGCGCGGCUGCUCAGCCGCCUCGCUGGGCCGCUCGGGCUCGGACCGCACACGCACGCCCUGAUCGCCCUCUGCUUCUCCCGCUCCGGCCUCGCCCGCCUCUCGCCCGCCGCCGGGAAGCUGCGCGCAAAGGCUAGCGACAGCGUCCGGGUCAUCCUGCCGGGCACGCGGCUCCACCUCGCGUGA